UAUGUGUUUACCAUUCUACCCUACAUUCUACUGACAGUAUUAUUGAUAAGGGGGGUAACUCUUACCGGAUAUCAAGACGGUAUCGCCUAUUACCUUAAUCCUAAAGUAGAACUGCUGGCCGAGCCUUCGACAUGGUCGGACGCAGCCGUUCAGAUUUUCUACUCCACUAGUACAAGUAGUGGAGCGUUGAUAGCUAUGUCUAGUUUUAAU